AUGUCAUUGCAUGGAAACUGUUUGGUGGAAUUAGAUUAUAGAAUUUAUUAAUCAAUCAAUUGCUGCAACGAAGGGUGAAAUUUGUUGACUAACUCUGAAGAUUUUAUUGAAGCACUUAUUUUUUAUCCAUGCUUGUUUCAGGAUCAAAAGGUCUCUAAUUUAGUCACGCGAUUUUGGUUGUUGUGGAAGCGUAACAAAGAUGAAUAGAACUGGGAAACUCAAAUCGUCGAGUUCUGAAUUGGACCUUGAUCGGCCAAACAUUGAGGAUUACCUACCCUCUGGAUCCAGUGUUCAACAUGAACGGCAUGGGAAGCUCCGCCUGUGUGAUUUGCUCGACAUUUCACCUAGUCUGUCUGAGGCAGCAGGUGCCAUUGUAGAUGAUUCAUUCACAAGGUGCUUCAAAUCAAAUCCUCCAGAACCUUGGAACUGGAAUGUUUAUUUGUUUCCUUUGUGGUGCUGUGGAGUUGUGAUUCGAUAUUUGAUUAUUUUCCCUAUUAGAAUUCUAGUGUUGACAUUAGGAUGGAUUAUAUUUCUUUCAGCCUUCAUUCCAGUGCACUGCCUCCUGAAAGGAAAUGAUGAUUUGAGGAAAAAGAUUGAGAGGUGUUUGGUGGAGAUGAUGUGCAGUUUCUUUGUUGCAUCCUGGACUGGGGUUGUUAAGUACCAUGGGCCAAGGCCCAGUGUACGACCAAAACAGGUUUUUGUGGCCAAUCAUACUUCCAUGAUUGAUUUCAUUAUCUUAGAACAGAUGACUGCAUUUGCUGUUAUUAUGCAGAAGCAUCCUGGAUGGGUUGGAUUAUUGCAGAGCACUAUUUUAGAGAGUGUAGGGUGUAUCUGGUUCAAUCGUACAGAGGUGAAGGAUCGAGAAAUUGUGGCAAGGAAAUUGAGGGAACAUGUCCUGGGAGCUAACAAUAACCCUCUUCUUAUAUUUCCUGAAGGAACUUGUGUAAAUAAUCACUAUACAGUCAUGUUUAAGAAGGGUGCAUUUGAACUUGGCUGCACAGUUUGCCCAGUUGCAAUCAAGUACAAUAAAAUUUUCGUAGAUGCGUUUUGGAAUAGUCGAAAACAAUCAUUCACCACUCAUCUCUUGCAAUUAAUGACAUCUUGGGCUGUAGUUUGUGAUGUUUGGUACUUGGAGCCACAAAACUUGAAGCCUGGAGAGACAUCCAUUGAAUUUGCAGAGAGGGUGAGAGAUAUUAUCUCACAUCGUGCUGGGCUCAAAAAGGUUCCCUGGGAUGGAUAUCUGAAGUAUUCUCGCCCCAGUCCAAAACACAGAGAAAGAAAGCAACAAAACUUUGCUCAGUCUGUGUUGCAGCGCUUAGAGGAAAAAUAACGCAUACCUUUUUACCAUUCAGCAUGGGAUUUCUCCUGCCCUUCUUUCUAUUCUACUUGCAUUUUGUUUAUUUAGUUAUACAUGUCGAUCUUACAUGAAGUUACCUGAUAGAUAUUUUCAUGAUUUGUUGCACUAUGAUACGGACAAAUUGACAAGAACUAGCUAGUUUUGGCUAUGAAAACCUUUUGCAGUGAAGGUAG